AUGCCUAAAGAACCGAUGUUGAUAGCCUCUGGGCAGCCGGGGGGAAACUUCUCGAAUGUAAGAGUGGUGCAGAAGAAUCUUGUUUACAUAAUAUGUAUACCGCAGAAGUAUGCUGACGAAGGUGUACUGAGUAGGCACGAGUUUUUUGGGCAAUUUGGGGCGAUAAGGAAGAUAGUAGUCAAUAAAAGAACAUCAUCUCUGGAGUCGACAGCAAGUGCUUAUAUUACAUACAGCACGGACGAAGAGGCAAAGAUCUGCAUACAGGAGGUUGAUGAAAGCCUUUUGGAUGGGAAGGUUCUAAAAUGUACCUAUGGAACGACAAAGUAUUGUACAUUCUAUCUGAGAAAUGCAUUGUGCCAAAACAGCGAUUGCAUGUACUUGCAUGAGCACAGGUCGCAGAAAGACAUUCUAACAAAGGACGAAAUGUGCAAUUCAAAACACAAGCUACACGACUUUGAAGUUAAAAACAAAAAUAAGAAGAGGAUAGGGAAAAGGUAUGACUUUGAUGUUCUCAACGAGCUUUUCAAGCACAAAACAUCUCGAGUUUUCCGAGCCCCAGAUAGGAUUCUUUUUGAACCCUUAGACUUCACAAACUAA